AAACAAAAAAGAAAUUGUCCACAAAAUGAGUCUAAGCUCCAUGAAACUGAUUUCAUUAAUACAGUUUCGCUACGUAUGCUGAUGAAAGAGAGAAACGUCACGCACAAGGAGGUUUAACGGGCAUGACACAGCACUAAAACCUUCACAGAAACUGUAGUCAUUUCAAAACAAAAUGAAGAAUGCCUCGAAUUUGCUCUCAGUGCUCACGUAUUUACUCGCGUAUGGUGUGUCUGGAGUUAAUACAGAUGAAGUGUCUGUGAUGGAGGGAGAUUCAGUCACUUUAAAAUAUCAUAUACACCAACAAGAAGACGUUAUGUGGUAUUUUAAUAAAAUUCGCAUUGCUGAAAUCACUGGACAUCACAGAAAGAGCUGUACAGAUAUUAUGUGUGAUAAUCGUGCUGGGAGAUUCAGAGACAGACUGAAGCUGGAUCAUCAGACUGGAUCUCUGACCAUCAUGAACACCAGAACCACAGACUCUGGAGAAUAUGAUGUAUUGAUCUCCAGCAAAAAUCACGGCGGUGGAGGAUCCUACUCCGUUGUUGUUCAUGGUGUGUCUGGUGUUGAUCAAGAAGAAGUGUCAGUGAUGGAAGGAGAUAUGGUCACUCUACACACUGGUGUAAAAACAAACCAACAGGAAAAAAUUAAAUGGUAUUUUAAUGACAUUCGAAUAGCUCAAAUCAGUAUAGACCAGGGUAAGAUGUGUACAGACGUUCAGUGUAAAGAAGGUGAUGAGAGAUUUAGAGGCAGACUGAAGCUGGACAAACAGACUGGAUCUCUGACCAUCACGAACAUCAGAACCUCAGAUGCUGGACUUUAUAAACUACAGAUCAUCAACAGCAGAAGCAGUAUAAUGAAGAGAUUAAGUUUUACAGUCGCUAGUUCAUCUGGUGUUGAUACAGAUGGAGAGUCAGUGUCUGUGAUGGAGGGAGAUUCAGUCACUCUACACACUGAUGAUAAAACAAACCAACAAGUAUGGUUUAAAUGGUUUUUUAAUGACAACCGUAUUGCUCAAAUCAAUGGAGAUCUUGUUAAGGUCUGUACAGAUGACCAGUGUAAUAAUAAAGGUUCUGAGAGAUUGAGAGACAGACUGAAGCUGGACAAUCAGACUGGAUCUCUGACCAUCAUAAACACCAGAACCACAAACUCUGGACUUUAUCAACUAAAGAUCACGAGUGAGAGAAUCAGCAUUGUGAAGAGAUUCCGUGUUGUUGUUCAAGGUGUUCCUGCUGCUGAACAAGAUAGAAUGAGAAGAAAGUCAGUGAAGGAGGGAGAAUCUGUUACUUUAGAAGUCGUGGAAAUAAAAAUAAAAAAUAAUUUGAUGUUGUGGCAUUUUAAUGACUCUCUCAUCGCUAAAAAUUUAAGUGAAAUCUGCACAGAUGAUCAGUGUAAAGAGAGAUUCAGAGACAGACUGAAGGUUAAUCAGACUGGAUCUCUGACCAUCAUGAACACCAGAACCACAGACUCUGGAGAAUAUAAACUUGAGAUCAACAGCAGCAGAUUCACCAUUAUUAGGAGCUUCAGUGUUACUGUCACUGCGGUUCUAACGGGAAUAUAUAUCGCUGUUGUUGCUGUUGCUGUUGCUGUUGUUGUUCUGCUGCUUGUUAUGUACAGGUGCCACGAUAGAAGGGGAGACCCUGUGAUGCAGGACAGUGAUCAGAAUCAUUCUGGAGAUUUUUCCCGUAAUCAAUCUGAAGCUCUGCCGAUGAACGGGACGCCCUCUAGUCAGUCUGAGACACAUACUGCCAAUGAGAUGUCACAGUAACAGUAGUAUUUUGAUUGUUUCAUAUGAAGAGAACAUAAAGAGAAGAUUGGAAAUGAGAGAAGAGCAUCAGCUGAAACUCACAACAUUCAUAAACACAAUACCAUGAUUCCAGUAUUAGGUAGGAAUUGCACCUAAUUCAAACUAGUUUGCAAUAUAAUUUAUAAUUAUUAUAAUUUAUAAUUCAGUUAUUAAGUGAUUUAAGAAUUUAAAUCUAUAUUUAAAUAAUGUAGGUUGCUUCAGAAAAAUAAAAAUACAUAAGCAAAAGUUAGCAGCAAUAGUGCUUAAUGUUUUUCAGUAUAAAGACGGUUCAUUUAGAAAUGAAUGUGAACCAUUUAAUUUAAUACAUAAAACAAUCAGUUUUUACAGAGUAGCUGCCAUCAAUAAACUCACAGGUACAAAAUACUGAAUUGAGUCUGUAUUACCAAUACUAGUAAUAUUAAGUCUUUAAAUUAUCAUUAUUGUCAUUUGACAACACUAUAGAGAGGAACAUGCCUGAUGAAAACACCAGUGUGCUGUUAUUCAGAGUAUUCAUAUCACUCCAAACUGGUGUUUAUAGCAGGAAUCAGUAUAUUUGUGUUUGAGUCUAUGAAGCAGUUUAUCUGUUUGUUCUAGUGUUGUAGCUUCAUGGUUAAAGAAAGUUUGACAGUUUAAAUCCUGACAGGGUGCAGUUGCAGCAUAAAUGAUGAACACUGCUCCGUGUGUGUGUGUGUGGGUUAAAUGCAGAGCACAAAUUCUAAGUAUGGGUCGCCAAACUUGGCUGUAUGUCACG